ACCAGGGGUGGACUGACCAUUUGGAAACUCGGGCACUGCCCAAGGGCCCGGGGUCAGUAGGGGGCCCCAUGAGAUGCCCCUGGUACCUUUUUCAAAGGAUUUUUUGAGUUUGGGCAAGGACACAGGGGCCCCAUGAUCCCCUAUUGCCCGGGGGCCCCAUGAGUUUGUCAGUCUGCCCUUGCGUAGUACCAUGCAAUUUGGUGAGGCAUGUUUUUCAGAAGUAUACAGUUUGGCUGCCAAAUCGCACUACAGGAGAAUGCACAGGA